AUGGCAUAUCCAAGGGAACACCUUCCUGCUCAUUACCAUUCUGCGAAGAAGAUUCCUCUGCACCAGGAAAUAUAUGGAUCUCCCCUCGUUAUUAAUUCCUCAUCAUCUAGAAACAUAGAGAGGUCACUAAUUUUGCUCUUCCAUUUGGUCUACAGGGGUUCAGGAGUUGAUUCAGGUUGGUUGGGUUUAGAUGGUGCUGGUCCAUCUACAGGCAUCAGGUCAGCAAGUUUGGGUCGGGUUCAGACAGUGAUGAGGCAUCUUGCAGCUGUUGGAGAAACGUAUGCACAAACUGCUCUGGAAGAUGCUGCCUGGAAUCUUUGGUCUAUGCGUGCCUCCCAGGCUGGUACUUCCAGUUCAGCAAUUCCUCCUGCAGGUUCUGUGAGGCACGUUGGAGGUGCUGGAGGGUUGCACUUGAGGACAACCUCACGUGCCACAAACAACAACAUUCCAAACAUACACACUAUGGUUGAAACUGUUAGAGAAGUGCUGCCACACAUACCUGAUGAAAUAAUUUUCGAGGAUUUACAGAGAACGCACUCGGUAACUGUUACUGUGAAUAAUCUUCUGCACAUGUGAUUAUACAUACCUUUCUUUGCGAUACUGAUGUGGUAUGUCUUUCACUGAGGCAGAUCAAAAUUGAAGCUCUGGUUGUGUACAGGAGUGAGGUUUCCAAAUAUGUUGUGGUGCCAUGCCUGUUACUGCAUAUUAUAUCUGAUAUAUAUAUAUAUAUUUCACUUUUUUGUACAUAUAAAUAACUUAGGGAACCUGCUGUUAGAGACAAAUGCGAUAAUAAUUCCUCUUUCUUUUUUUCUUCCCAUGAAAUAAAAGAGCAUAUUCUUUUGGCACACA